AUGAUCUAAAAAAAGUAAAUUAAAAAACUCAAACACAAAUUUAACAAUAACACUCUUGCUCAACAUUACCCUCAAUUUAGAAAAUAUAUUAAAAUUAGUACUAAAGGAGAAACUAUUAUUGAUUACAAUAAUCAAAAUGCACUUAAUGAAUUGAAUCGAUGCAUCAUGGAUUAUUAUUUUAAAAUUCAAGAAUUUUCUAUUCCAUUAACUCAAAUGAUUCCUGCUCUAGGAUGUAGAUUAAAUUAUAUAGAAUGGGUUAAAUAAUAAGUAGAUAAACAUUCAUUUCCUAUUACUUAUCUAUAUGAUAUUGGAACAGGCUUUUCAGGUGUUUUGAUUUUCUUAGCAUAUAGAUUAUAUGGUUGGAAAGGAAUUGGAAUUGAUACAUCUGAAUAAGCUAUUAUUCAUGCACAAUCUAUUGCAAAAAUCAAUAAUAUACAAGCUGAAUUCAAAGUUGGAGAUUUAUUUUAAUUCUUACAAGAUGGUAUGGUAACCGUUUGUAAUCCUCCAUUUUAUGACUAUCAGGAAGAAAGAGAAUAUAAUCGAAUUAUUCAAAAUUAAGAAACAUUUGUAGAAGGAGGAGAAGUAGAAUUUGUUAAAAGAAUGCUACAAAACUCAAACUUAAAUUGUUUAUAUACAACUAUCCUUGGUAGAAAAUCUAGUCUUAAUUCAUUCCUAGACAUUCCUGAUAAAGUUGAAUUGCAUUAAGGAAAUAAUAUUAGAUUUGCUUUAGGAUGGAAAUAAUAAUAAUAAUAAAAAUAAUAAUAAUAAUUAUUAUUAUCAUCAACAAAAUUAUAAUGA